AUGAUUUACUUGAUUACAUAUUCUGUUGUCUUGAUCCUCGGUGUCACCCUUAACUUCAUCGUCAUUAUCAUCAGCUGCCUGAAAAACAAGAAAUCGCCAUCAGUUUCCUCUUGGAUUAAGGCGUUGGCUUUAACACACUUAGUCUCCAGUGCAUUUAUUGUUUAUCAGCUCCUGUAUGCUUACAAUAACUUUGAUUGGAAUUAUGGAAACGCAAGCUGCAAGCUGUCAUCCUAUAUCACCUAUGGCAGUAUGUUCUCCACAGCAGCCAUGCUGAGUCUCUGGAGCAUUAGUUCUGCUAUUUUAAAAAUUGACUGCUUGAAUCUUUGCAAGAACUGUAACAUUAUUCUGAUUUCAUUAUCCUGGGCUAUUGCAACAAUCUUGGCAUGUCCUUCACUGUAUUCCAGAGAGGUCCGAUCUUCUCAGUGCAUUGAUGAUUAUGACACGGACGAAUUGAAAACUACUCAAGAGGGCAUUGCCAGGCUGAAGGCAGUCGUUAUCAUGAGAUUUCUCAUUGGGCUUCUUGCGCCAGCUUUGGUAAUGUUUCUCAGCUGUUUGACAUCAGCUCAUAGAAAAUGUAAAGACUGCAAGGAGCAGGCACAGAUCAUCUGUGCUAUAAAAAUUGCCUUUUUUGUGUUCUGGGGCCCUCAGAUCUUCUUAACCAUGCUACAAGCCACUGUUACCAACAGCCUGGAUCCAAUUAUGUUGAAAUAUGGACUUCCAGUAGCUACUGCACUAGCCACAGCCCACUCUUUAAUCAGCCCGGUCAUCUAUUUGUUAUUCGGAUUUAGUUUUAAAAUGAAGUGGAUGGAACAUGACUCAGAUCAGUGCGAAACUGUGCUUGAUCGAGGGAGACCACUGUUGCCUUGCACCAAUAGCCCCAAAUAAGCCAGGAGGACUGUCUGUGUGGAGUUUCUCAGAGGUGAAUUGGAGACACAAACUUGUCUGUGUAGUGAAUGAGAAAAAGUGUUCUCCUGUGAUGGAAUGGUCAUCUAGCAGUGUUUUCUCCACCCUUGGACCAAAAUCCCUGCGACCCUACUGAGGAUAAGCAGUUUGAAGAAUGGAUGGCUGACUUUCUGUUGUAGCAAUUCUAAAAUACAUCAGCAAGGACUGUUAAAUAUACACCAUGUCCACAAAAUGCAUGCCAGCUAUUUCUCAAUUCAAGUGAAA